AUGGAUGCUUUGUCAACAAUCAUAUUUAACGAAUGGUUUUGGUUGCCAGGAAAUACAACUUGGAAAGAUUUUGCUCGAUUCGAACAAGAUCAAAACAUUAAAUUAACGAAUCCAAAAGAUCUUCUCUAUGCUUUUCCACUGACUGGUGUAAUUUAUGUAAUACGAAUGCUUUUCAAACGAUAUGUUGCUGAACCGAUUGGUCGAUCACUUGGCAUUCGUGAUAGGGUGACAAGAAAAACAAUGAGUCACAAGAAAAUUGCAAUAACAAAGGUAUCACGUCGUGGCGUACCAAUAGAUGUAAAUCAAACAUCCAAACAACAACAAGUAGACAGUGUGGAUAGUAGCUCAUCAUUAUCGAGAAGUCAUCCUUCAAGUUUUAGUCAAUUAGCUAAAUUUAGUGAAUCUUGUUGGCGUUUUAUUUUUGGUCUAAGUUCAUUCAUAUACGGUAUUGCCAUACUUCAAAAUGUAAGUGUAGAGAUCUAA